AUGGAUGAAAAUAUUCAUCUUUCGCUGUCACAGAUAAAUAAAGACGUCAGAAAGGAAAAUAAGUCCGUCAGAAAUCGACUUCAGAGUAUCAUUUUAGAUAAUAAAUUUUUACAAGAUCGAGUUGUUCCUAUUUUUCCCCACUUUCCACUAAUACCUAAUGAAAGAUGUGGGAUGUGGUAUUGUAAGCCAUCAACUUUUAAGCAGACCAGUUAUUUUAAGAGCACAGACGGCCAUGUCAAUCAAUGGGACUUUAGCACCCGAAGAUUAAACUUUCAUCUGUUAGAGACCAUUCGAGAUAAUAAAGGUAUCAUAAUUGUUGAUAGCACAAGAAGAGGCAAAAAAAUUCCAGAUGCUUUGAGUAAAACUGUUCCCAUAUGGUGUGCGGUAUUGAAUACAUUAAUGCUUCAGGAAACAGAAAAAAAUGUUGACAUAGAUAAAGUACUGUAUCUUCCACCUGAGACAGUUCCUAAAUCAGAGUAUGACAUGAUUAAGGGAAAAAUACCUGAAUUAGUUGCGAAACUACAAAAAUUGAAUAUUAUAGAUUCUAAUAGGUUAAAUGAAUUGUUUAUGGGUAAAAUAUUGCGGCCUAUAUGGGUUCAUCCCGGCUCUUCACUUCUAGACCAUUCUGUUGAUUAUUUCACUGGUGAAGUACAGGAUUAUGAAGCUUGGGAAACACCUGAAGACCAAAACAUCAUACCUAUUAUCUUGUGUACAGUAAGCUAUCAAGCACAAGAUGGUAUGGAUAAAAGGUACGGAUUUACCUAUGUGCAGGGUGCAGCCGACGAUCACGAACUUUGGUCUUUUGGUUUGGAUUCGAAGAUGUUUUGGGCCCAUAUAGAUUGUCUAGGUGACAUGAAUUAUUCAGACGGCCAGUUACACGAUUAUAUCAUGGAUCUGGCUGCUGAAAAACUGAGAAAUCAAUUGUAUAUACAAGAUAUAGGGAGCCUGGAUGAGGUUUUCGGGAACAUUGAUAAAAUUACGAAUGAGAUAUCACUGGGAAAAGUGAGUCCAGGCUUAACAAUCAAUGAGAAAUUGAAACAAAAAUUGAAAUCAGAGUAUGGUAAAGUUAUGAUUUUCAGUGAUUCGGUGACAGUUGUUGAAGACACAGACGAUGCAGGAGAAAGUAGGACAGAUUCCUUUAUUUCAAUAUAUAAAUUGCAAAGUGGAGACAAGAAAAGUUCAAAAGCUUUACGAUCCACUUUUCCGAAAAUCCAUGGAGAAGUUCAAUCGGCGCUUACAGGUCGAGAUGAACAAAUGAAGCCAAUACUUGUAUGUUGUAAUACAGGUACGGAUAUGUCAAUUGGUGUCAUUUUAAGUAUCCUCUGUACCAAAUAUACUGAGGAAUGGAUGCUUACGUCGGAGUUACCGGACGUCAGCAAGAUUAUAAUAAGAAAACAUCUGACAAAACUGAUUUCUCACCUAGAAGGACGUAAUGUUAACCCGUCAAGAGCAACGCUGAACAGUGUCAAUAGUUUUUUAAUGUAG